AUAUAUUGAAGAUGCAUACAAUACUGAAGUUGACCUUGACCUCGAAUUAUAUAAUAAAGGAGAUAUUUUAUCUCUUGUAAGUGUUGCCAUUGAUAUUGUGAAAACAAAUGGACAACGACUCUUU